CCCCCUCUAUUGUCUAUUGUGAAGCUUAGAUGCUCAAGAGAGGACCGUCCGUUCAGCUAUGUCGGGUAUGCAGACGAAGCUAUGCAACAGCUACUUCGGCUUGGAAGACGACGGUCGGCCUCGAGCUUCAUGCUCAGCUAGCUACACCGCUCAAGCUCUUUUCACAAGCUCGACAACGCUUCGCAGGUCCUGCAAACCAAGACAUUGAGCCUUUUGAUAUUGCUUUGCCAGGAUCUAUGCCGCACUUAAACACACACGCAGUGCUACUUGCUGUGCGUGCUGCUCUUGCUCUGCAGUGUCAAGUCAACAUGAGCUCGACGUUUGAUAGAAAGCACUACAUCUAUCCAGAUCAACCAGCUGGCUAUCAAAUUACACAGCACUACAAUGCCCUUGCACACGCUGGUCUCAUCCACCUGUCAUCUCGUGAUGAGUCAAGUCUUCAGCAAGAAAUCGAUGUCACCAUCUUGCAAAUCCAGCUAGAGCAAGACACGGCCAAGACUCUCUAUUUUGAAGCACAUGAUGCAGCAGACCCAUCCAGCACCGAUGAAAUUCUCGUCGAUGCCAAUCGUUCCGGCUCUGCGCUCAUUGAAAUCGUUACAGGUCCAGCAUUACCCUCCGGUCGUGCUGCAGCUGCUUGUUUGCGCAAGAUUCAAGCGAUUCUCAAGGCCAUUGGUGCGUCUGAUGCAAGUAUGGAUACAGGCGCCCUACGCUGCGACGUCAAUGUCUCGGUCGCCCAUCAAGACCAGACAACUCCCUCACAACGCGUGGAAAUCAAGAAUCUAGCGAGCGCACGAGCAGUCAUGAAUGCAGUGGAUGCUGAAGCACGUCGACAAAUUGAAGAGCUUGAAAGAGGCGGUAUCAUUGCUUCAGAAACACGCGGGUAUGAUGUGGCAGGCGGCAUAACAUUCAAGAUUCGCGACAAGGAGACAACAACCGAUUAUCGCUACAUGCCUGAAUCUGAUUUGCCACCGAUUGCGCUCGACGACAUUUUUCUGGCUACUUGUCGGAAGCACUUGGCAGAACUUCCCGAUGCAGUCCUAGACAGGUUGACGGCUAAACCAUUCUCUUUGCAGCUUAGAGAUGUACGUGUCCUGGAGGCAGACAGGAACUUGCUCGGUGUAUACGAGGAUGUCCUUUCAACUGCUCAGACUCGACUGGCAAACAAGGUGGACAAGAAGGCCAUGGACAAAUUGCCACGUACCGUCGCGGCGUGGCUUGUGCAUGACCUAGUCGGCCGGCAAAAUAUAAUUCGAGAAACACAACCUGAGGCAUCAACAGGGGAUCUAAUGCCAACGACGAAACAGCUUGCUGAUCUCAUUAUCAGUGUCAUUGCAGGUGACAUCACCCGGCAAUCUGGCCAGCAAGUUCUAAGCAUGUUGCUGUCGCAAUUUCAAGCAAGUCAAUCUGUUCAGUCGCUCGUCGAACAACAUGGGCUGGCUCUUGCACAAGGCGAUGGGGCCAGCGCUGCUUCACAUGCAUUAGUGAAAGAAGCAUUGAAGCAAAUCAUGCAACAAAAUCCAGCGCAAACGGCCAAAUUACAUGGUGGAGAUCCAAAGAUUGUCAAUUGGUUUCUUGGACAAGUGCUGCGACGCAUCAAAGGGUCAAGUGCUGUCAAGGAUGUUGAGGCAAUCAUUAUUAAAGAACAGCAAUUCAAAUGAUAUUCUACAACCUUCUCGACUCCCAACGCAUUAUGUGGGUUGCCUUUUGCUGACCUACAUGGUCAAUUCUGACUGGACGAAAGUACAUCAGCUCAGCCUUCUCUUCAUACACCACCUCUGGUUCGAUCGGCUUGCGAGCAGGCAUGGUAUUAGCAUGUCUUGGCAUCAACGGCAUUGUCCUUGGCACAAUAGGGCUGUCACUGGCAACAC